UGUGCAAUAAAAAGAAAUGCAGAAACGGCACUGGCAGCAAAAGGGUAAACCAUGGCUGCGGAUGUUCCCCACGAGGGGGCUCGUUCAAACCAGGGCCAGACUGACAACUCAUGGGGCCCCGGGCAAUAAGGAAUCAUGGGGCCCCUGUGUCCUUGCCCAAACUCAAAAAAGCCUAUGAAAAAGGUACCAGGGGCAUCUCAUGGGGCCCCCUACUGACCCCGGGCCCUCGGGCAUUGCCUGAGUUUCCAAAUGGUCAGUCCGCCCCUGG